GGAAAUGGAAGGAUGAAGUGUGCAGCCGGAGCGGUGAUGUUCCUUCUCUCCUUGCUUUCCCCCGCAGGAACGUAAUCCGCAAUGCUAGUUCUCAGGUUGCUCAAUGUUGUCGCUCCAGCCUACUUCUUGUGCAUCUCCCUAGUGACCUUCGUCCUCCAGAUCUUUGUCUUCAUACCCAGCAUGUUCAGAGACCCUUCCACCACCCCACUUUUCUCGCCUGCUCUGCUGCAUGGGGCCCUCUUCCUCUUCCUCUCAGCUAAUGCCCUGGGCAACUACGUCCUUGUGAUCCAGAACUCCCCCGAGGACUUGGGCAAGGACUUUAACUUGGGCAAAGGAGCCGAAGUGGCAGACUGGCUGGAUGGAAGCAGGUCCCCUGGCUCAGCCUUGCCCGGCACUCACUUCUGUAGACUGUGUUCCAGAGUCACCCAGAGGCAUGACCACCACUGUUUCUUCACAGGGAACUGCAUCGGGAGCAGGAACAUGCGAAACUUCAUCAUGUUCUGCCUCUACACCUCCCUGGCUUGCCUUGACUCCCUGGUGGCAGGCAUGGCUUACAUUUCUGCUACACUUUCCAUGUCCUUUGCGGACCCACUGGCCUUCCUCACUCUUCUGCCUCACUCCAUCAGCCAGUUCUUCUCAGGAGCUCUCCUUAGCUCUGAGAUGUUUGUCAUCCUCAUGCUCUACCUCUGGCUUGGGAUUGGACUGGCUUGCGCCGGCUUCUGCUGCCACCAGCUGCUGCUGAUCCUGCGCGGGCAGACGCGGUACCAGGUGCGGAAGGGAAUGCUGGUGAGAGCCCGGCCCUGGAGGGACAACCUGCAAGAAGUCUUUGGCAAGAAGUGGCUGCUUGGACUUCUCAUCCCCAUGCAGAACGUGGAGAGUAGCUACCGUAGGCAGAAAGAGAAAUAAAAUCCCCGUGUGUGUGUGUGUGUGCAUCCCACGCACACAGCACCUUCCCUGCUCUCUCCCACUGUCUCCUGGAUCACUACAGAGCUGGGCUACUCCAUCUUUUGGGAUUGCAGCCACUGUAGGAGGAAAGGAUGAGCUAUCAAACAGAAUAAAUUAAGCAUAUUUACAUGGAAAUCACAAACCAUGUAGAUGAGAUACUCCAGCUUAGUAGUCACAUCACUGCGCCUGCAUAGGUGGCAACAGCCUUUGAACUAGCAGAAAACUUAGUCAGACCCUCCUGUGGCUUCCUGUCUGAACCCCUCAGUCCCCAGCACUAUUAGUUACCCUAUAUAGUCUUUAAAAACUGCAUCAGGAGCCUGGGCUGUUACGGAAGAUUGUAAAAAUGGUGUCUAGUCUUAGGGAGGUUUUUGUGGAGUGGCUCUUUGGCACUUAUAUACAUGAGAGCUUCACACGAGAGCAUCAUUCCAGAAUUUUUUGGACAAUGAUCUCAGGUACAUGGUGUCAUUCUUGGGAUUGUCCUAUUCAGGGCAAGGAGUCGGAUUUCAAUGAUCCUUGUGGGUCCCUUCCAUCUCAAGAUAUGAUUCUUGAUUCAUAAUACUGACAAGCCCUUAAUGAUAGAACUGCAAUGCAAUCAAGCUGUCCUAGGAACAGGCUAUGAACAUGGUUAAUGCAUCAGAUAAACCUUCUCUCCACAGGCUAGAAAAUCAGGAGGAAAACAAAAUCACAGGAGGAAAACAAAAAGAAAUUUAGAAUUUCUCAUUUCUGUUAUUGAUCUGUUCCCUAUACAAUGAUAGGUCAAGACUGUAGCUCUGCUGCUUAUUUUUAGCAAUCCUUUGUCCAAUGGCAGAGUGCAGGCAAAGCUGCCCUUCUGACAGGGAGCAGCAAGCAGAUAAAUCAUGGUCAGAUCGAGGGACAAGGACAGGAAACCACAAAGGUGAAUGAAAAUGCUUUGUUCGAGAAGCUGUGUGAUGAGACAGGCUAUGCAUACCUGUGAGAGAGACAGAAGGAAGUGUGGCCACACAGCAAGCACUUGGGAGGGUGUCAAGAGCAUUGCUGCUGUGUCAGAGCCCUGAUGCAUCACCCUCUCACAGGGAACACCUGCACCAUUAGGGCUGUGAAGAGUUCAAAAUUCCAGAAAACAAGGCAGUUUUCCAGCCCAUCAGGGCACUUCAUUUUGCACUAAAACAAACAGAAAAAUGCUUUUCUCAGACAUCCCUGCCACACUUUAGUUACAGGCUCUCCAGGGCAAUUCCCUCUCGCAUUGCAGCAGAGGGGUAAAAUCAUCCAUGUUAUAACUCCAUUAAGGGUGUUAAUAGAAUUACUACAGGGAUUAAUCAGCUUCAUGUGUCCAUUGCUUUUUAGCCACAGCAGCAGCCCAUUAGAUCAGUGCUGAGAUCCUGUGCUUACAGAUGUCUUAACAAAGGAUACCACAACAUCUCUACCAGGGUCAUAGCACUGGAUUCCCCAGCAGCUGCAAGAGAGAAGCCUCUGCUUUGGCAAACUGCAUCAGCUUAUGUGGGCUGGGUAGGAAUCCAUUGCUUCUCUUUAAUAGGCUGGGAGUAUGCUGACAAGCCAUGAAAAAUGUUAUUUCUUCCUCAGAAAGGCUCUUGGUGCGUUCCUGAUAGUGGAAUGCCCCUUGCUUUUAUCCUUGAGUUUCUCAUAGGCCAGAAUGGAGUUACUCAUUCCUACAGGCUUUGUAACCAUCUUUGACCACUUUACACUUGAAUACACGUUUGAAUCUCUAACAAACAAAGUAUAUUGUGAUGAGCAGAGUAACCUUGAAAAUAUACUGGAAAAACCCUUAGCUUGAUAACUAAAACAUGGAAGAUACAUCCUUCCACACUGUGUGUGUUCGCAUGAACACACAAUUGUUUCUGUGGGUAAUAUGAUGUAUUUUCUCUAACAGUGAACAAUAAAAGGUAUUCUGAUUUUUUA